AUGUUUUCGCAGAGGUCGUGUUAUUUCUCCCAGCUGUCGAGAUCCUAUCCGAUUUUGAAACUCGUUGACAUUUACGAUCGCCAGUCUUUUAUACGAGCAUACGUUUUGGAUAACUUUUACGUCUGCAUUUUGAUGUACAUCUUGUUUUACGCGGCAUUAUGGUAUGCUAAUUAUAUAAUAAAACGAAUUGAAAAAUCAAAUCGAGAAAUGUCAAUGACAGUUGCAGAGAACAAGACAAAAUUAGACAGAUUGGUAUUAUUGAAAAAUAAAAAGGAAGAAUUUGAAGAAGUGAUCGUAAAAACGACAAAUACACAAAAAAUCACUACAAAAUAUUUAGAAGAUGAAACGCACAAGCUCAGCACAGAAUUAAUCACGACGUCCAAUAAAAUCAUCGAAUUAGAAAAAAUCGUUGAAAAAUACAAAUAUCCAGACAAAUCGUUUGCAUAUUCAAUCGGUGUCAUCGCAACCGGUGAAGGCGAAUGUCCACAAGGACACGAGAGCACCGCAAAUCCACUUGAGAAGUUCAAGAUCCUCGAACCGUCAUUUCCGCCGUCCGUACCACCGGAACCUCCGCCUCGGAAAUACGGGAUCUUUGUCAGUCGACCGCCUGGGCAACGGAGAGCGCCGUCGGAGAAAGCAGUUGCACCUGCAACUCCACCGCCAAAAGUCGGAUUCAAAUAAUAGUGCUUCGGCAGAAAUCUCCUCCGAAUCCGUUAUU